AUGGCGGGGGGCGAUGGGGACGACGGGGCCGAGCUCUUUCCGGAGCUCCUUUCCUUCGCCGGGAGGGCUCAGGCGCUGAUCUCCGAGCUCCUCAGCGUCUCGGAGGGGGUUCCGUCCAUGUUGCAUGAUCGCCGAUUCGAUCCCGUUCUCUUCGAUCUCAGGCAUUGUUCUUCUACUGCUCUUCUUAUGGCCUCGGGGGCAUCGUGUGAUGUUUCUCGUUUCAGUUUCUUUCCCCCUUUUUCUCUUGGUAGUGUGCUUUCUCACUUGGAUUGGAAUUCGGACUUUUGUUCUUCUUUUUCUCCGAAGUAUGGAGGAUCAUCUCCUUCUAUCGGUCGCUUAGGGAGUAUGCUAUGAAUCGAGUGUUUCAUUUCUCAUGGACGAUCCUUUUUUACAGGUACUUGGACAAUCCGGACGAUUUUGAGGCUAGAAUCAAUGGUAGCAGGGAGCUGCAGUCUCUGGAAGAUGAACUCCGUGAAUCUUGUUCAGCCUUCUUCCAGAGGUUCUUUCUCCUGGCUAGUGGCAUUACCAAUUACCACGAGGAGCUCCUCAAAUACCUCGAAGAUCUUCAGGUUGGUAGGAGUUAA